AUGCAUUCAUGCCGACUCGUGCUCUCAUUGGGUGCGUGGGUAAGUGGAUUAGGAGUACGCAGUGAUGCAGUCUCGCAGGAGCUGCGUCGACAUCCUGCAAGUAAAGGCAAUGGAGUGAGAACGCAAGUACGGUGUGUAGUGGCAAAACGAGACAUCUGCAGAGGUGAACGACUUUGUGUUGUGCCUGAAUCUCACAUCCUGCACGGUGAACACGCUGCUCAGUUGCUACAACGUACUUCAGCGCAAUGUUCUCUAGCUAGUUACACCGAGUUACAACGAUGUUUGUCUAGUAUUCCUGGUGACCCAUCUCUUCUUUCAACACGGGAUCCGCUAUUGAUAACGCUAGCUGUGUAUACACUCAAGUAUGGUGGAAUCUCACAUCCAUUGGUAGAAUGGGCUGCAUGUCUCCCACCGCGUGUGCCACCAACUGGAAUGUUGUUGCUGCAAGAACAAGUGGGAACAGUGCCAUUUGAACCGCUGCAACGCCGUCUUCGCAUUGGCGAACACACAGCAGCACUACCAGAGACGGGUGCGAAUGACCCAACUGUCUCUACAGAACUGAUGCUACAAGCCGCUGAGCAGUACGGCAUCGAGAAUGUUGGGAAGCCACAGACGGAAGUGGUUGCAUCACAAGCACUAAUGACGGCGUUUCACCGCGGUGUGCGUCACCCAUUAACACAACGUCAACACGAGGCGGCCAACGCACCACGUCGUCACGUUGUAUCGCUGGCAGCACAACAAUUGCUGCAUUUUGAGGAAUCUCUCCAGAGUAACGUACUUUUAUCACUCCGUACAUGUGUUAGUCCGGGAUGUUGCAAAGACGAGGAAAGCGAAGUGGCAGUACGUAUUAUGGAGCAAUUGCGAUGGUCACAUUUUAUGGUGCGAUCCCGUGCGGUAAAUCUGCAGCCGCAGCGUCGACAACGACCACAAGUAGCGUUGGUACCAUUUCUUGAUAUGUUGAAUCACUCUGCGCGUGAUGCCAAUGUGAGUUAUCAGUACCAACCUGGUACAGGUGUCGUUAUAGUCGCAUCACGCUCUAUUAAGGGAUCAGAGGAGUUGACACUUAACUAUGGUGAUUACAAACAACGUGGUUGUAUAUUUUCCCACACAGCAGCAAGUGGUGUGGGUGUUGGAGAGGAGGAUGGUGAGACAACAAUGCGUCGUAUUGAGUCCCGCCAAAUGCGGGAAUGGGAUAAUACUACAGAUGAAGAUACUGAUAGUGACAACAAUCUUGAUCGCGUUGAGGAGGCCCCGUUUGGUCACGGUCUUCAGAAGUUUUCACAUACAUUUAGCGAGGGACACCUCACAGAGAAGAAGGUGAAAAAGAGUGAAAAAGAAAUGGAAAUGGAAGAAGAAGCACAAUUAGAGGCAGCGUGGGUUUGGCGUUUCGGUUUUCCUCGCAGCAAAGAUGAGAAGUCGUACAUCGCAUCACGACUUUGGAGUAAAGGACUGCGCCGCCGCAUUGCACAAUUGACAGAUGUGCGCCGGAAGGGAAGACCAGGUGAGUUUGUUAUUGGCGUACCGGAGGGCCUGCAACACCUGCGGGAACAGCGGGAGCGACUGGAGCGGGAACGUUUCGCUGGAUCUACGGUGUUUCCUCCACAGAAUGUUUGA